AUCUCCUCAGGUACCUCUCUCGUGCCUUCCCUCUCCAUCUCUCUCCAAUCCGCAUUGCCACCCGAAAAGGCAGAGCAAGAAAAACGGCAAUGGCGAUCGCCUACAGCAGCUCCCUCAUCCCCGCCAAGGCCUUCUCCAAGGCCCUCCUCCCCGCGGCGGCGCCGCCCGGCCGCAUCGCCGCCGUCCUCCCCGAGCCCGGGAAGAGCCCCGCCGUCCCCGACAAGUCGGCGAAGCUGAAGAGCUCCGCGCUCCCGGCGUCGUCGGCGGCGGCGGCGGCGGCGGCGACCGCCCCGGCGAAGCCCGCCGUGGGGACCGGGAAAUGGAGCGUCGACAGCUGGAGGUCCAAGAAGGCGCUGCAGCUGCCGGAGUACCCGGAUCAGGGGGAGCUCGAGUCGGUGCUGAAGACGCUCGAGGACUUCCCCCCGAUCGUGUUCGCCGGGGAGGCGAGGAACCUGGAGGAGCGGCUCGGGGAGGCCGCCAUGGGGAACGCCUUCCUCCUGCAGGGCGGCGACUGCGCCGAGAGCUUCAAGGAGUUCAACGCGAACAAUAUCCGUGAUACCUUCAGGAUUCUGCUCCAGAUGGGGGCCGUUCUGAUGUUCGGAGGCCAACUGCCCGUUGUCAAGGUCGGGAGGAUGGCUGGUCAAUUUGCAAAGCCGAGGUCGGACCCUUUCGAGGAGAAGAACGGGGUGAAGCUGCCGAGUUAUAGAGGUGACAAUGUGAAUGGGGAUGCGUUUGAUGAGAAAUCAAGAAUUCCUGACCCUCAGAGAAUGAUCAGAGCAUAUUGUCAGUCUGCUGCUACUUUGAAUCUGUUGAGGGCUUUUGCAACUGGAGGUUAUGCUGCCAUGCAGAGGGUCACCCAGUGGAAUUUGGAUUUCACCGAGCACAGCGAGCAAGGCGAUAGGUACCGGGAGCUGGCUCACCGAGUUGAUGAGGCUCUUGGGUUUAUGUCCGCAGCUGGGCUUACUGUUGACCAUCCUAUUAUGACUACGACUGAGUUCUGGACAUCACAUGAGUGCUUGCUCUUGCCCUAUGAGGAGUCGCUUACUAGAAUGGACUCAACUUCAGGUCUUUACUAUGAUUGCUCUGCCCAUAUGCUUUGGGCUGGCGAACGUACUCGACAGCUGGAUGGUGCCCAUGUUGAAUUUUUAAGAGGGAUUGCCAAUCCCUUGGGUAUUAAGGUGAGUGACAAGAUGGAUCCAAACGAGUUAGUCAAGCUCAUUGAGAUUUUGAAUCCUCAAAACAAAGCAGGAAGGAUAACAAUUAUUACCAGAAUGGGAGCUGAGAACAUGAGAGUGAAGCUCCCGCACCUUAUCAGGGCUGUCCGAAGGGCAGGGCAAAUUGUUACAUGGGUCAGUGAUCCAAUGCACGGGAACACCAUCAAGGCUCCAUGUGGUCUUAAGACUCGCCCAUUUGAUGCCAUAAGGGCUGAGGUGAGAGCAUUCUUCGAUGUCCAUGAACAAGAAGGGAGCCAUCCAGGAGGAGUGCACUUGGAGAUGACAGGUCAGAACGUCACCGAGUGUAUUGGUGGAUCGCGAACUGUGACAUUCGAUGACCUCGGCUCGCGCUACCACACCCACUGCGAUCCCAGGCUGAACGCUUCCCAGUCUCUAGAGCUUGCCUUCAUCAUUGCGGAGCGCCUUAGAAGGCGGAGGAUCCAGUCGCAGCAGCCCCUCUCCUCCUUAGGCCUGUGA